AGAGGGAGGGUGGUAAUGGUAUGCUGUGAAAAUAAGCCAUGGAGCAUCCUUUGGAGAAACGAUUUCCAGUCGAUGCAGAUGAUUACAAGUUAUAUGAAGAAGUUGGAGAAGGUGUCGGUGCCACUGUGUACAGGGCAUUAUGCAUUCCACUUAAUGAGAUAGUUGCUAUCAAGGUUCUUGAUUUGGAAAAGUGCAAUAACGACGUCGAUGGCAUUCGAAGAGAGGUCCAAACCAUGAGCUUGAUUGAUCACCCACGGGCACAUUGUUCAUUUGCUUCUGGUCACAACCUUUGGGUUGUUAUGCCAUACAUGGCUGGGGGGGGGGGGGUCCUGCCUUCAUAUAAUGAAAUCUUCUUAUACAUGGCUGGGGGGCACAUUGUUCAUGAGCUUGAUGGCCUUGCUCCAUUUUAG